AUGUCAUCUCCAAGAAUUGCUAUCAUAGGGGCUGGUCCGGCCGGUUGUAUGUUGGGGAGGAUCUUGUCACUCUCUAAUGUCCCCUUCACGAUUUACGAAAGCGACGCCAGUCCCAACUAUCGCUCCCAAGGAGGCACAUUAGACUUACAUCCCGGAACAGGCCUAGCAGCUAUGAAGGAAGCUCAAUUAUGGGACGAAUUCAUGGAACAUGCUCGCUUUGAUGGCGAUUACAUGAUAAUGGCAGACAAAAAUCUGAAGCCUUUCAUACAGAUAGGUCCCAGCAACAAGCUCAACGAGCGUCCUGAGAUUGAUCGCUUUCAGCUACGUAGGAUCCUCACAGAGUCGCUCCCGGAAGGAUCUAUCAAGUGGGGGCAUCGUUUGCAGCGGGUUGAGGAAGGUAAUACUUUAAUAUUUGACCACGCAACAGAGUCUGGUUUCGAUCUCAUCAUCGGAUGCGAAGGGGGUUGGAGCAAGGUCCGAAGCUACAUCUCAUCAGCGGUGAAACCACAAUACACUGGGGUUGGGUAUCACCGUCUAACAAUAUUAGAUGCGGCAACAACUGCUCCAGAUCUCUACAAGGUCGUUAACCGUGGAAGCCUAUUUGCCAGUUCAAAUGGGCAGAGGAUGGCAGUACAACAGAUGGGUGAUGGGAGCAUCAACGUCUCCUGGACUGCGCGCCGCCCUGAAAAUUGGACCCAGACUUGCGGAUAUAAUCCUCAUAAUAUCGACCAAGUUAAGAAUGCAAUCCUCAAGGAGAUGGAGGAUUGGUGUCCCCUUCUUCGUGGGGCGAUCGAGAAGGCAUGCGACGGUGUAUGCGACCCGAAAAAUCUUUAUCAGCUGCCCGUCGGUUGGCAUUGGGAGCACCGCCGCGGCGCAACGCUCAUAGGGGAUGCCGCGCAUCUGAUGACCCCGUUCGCCGGCGAAGGGGUGAAUGUCGCGUUUGACGACGCGCGAAAGCUCGCCACUGCUAUUAUCAGAGCAGUGCAAGCAGGCGGCGAAGCAGACCAGCUGGACAAGAAUAUACAGGCAUUUGAGGAGGAAAUGUUCACGCGCAUGGUAGUGUAUCAACGACAGACAGAUGAUGUGACGAAACUCUGGUUCUUCAGCGAGGGUAAUAUGUGGGAUGUGAUUCCGAAAAUAAUGCUGGUUCACGCCAAAGCCAGAGUACCAACAGUCUUGUAUCCUUUGGCAUGGGGGCUCAUAAAUUCUUACUGGUUCAUCAAGGCUAGACUCUCCGGUUAA